UGGUAAUGUAUUCUGUUAUUUAAAAGAACUAGAUUCCAUUAAGCUUCGCGCCCUCUUUCGUGAAAUAAUUUUAGCUUUUAAGUUUAACUUUAACAGAACUUCAAGGCAACACUUUUUCAUAAAAAAUAACAAUUCUAGAUUUCGUAGGAUUUUCAGAUUGGUUCAGUGCAGUGCUUUGAUGUUCAAAACAUACAAACAGAGACAGUCCAAAUAUGUAUGGCACAUGUGAGAUUUUGAUUUGAAAUAAGGGAUUUUUAAAAAUGUAUGUUCAACCAAACUAAGAAACUAAGCAAACUAGAAUCUUAUAAUCCCUAUAUCUUUGCAACCUGGUGAUUUACCCUAUGAAAUUUCAAAUUGCAACUAACUUACUAUCAGAAUCCAUAUAGUUUGUAAUAUCAAACAUCAGAUUGCAAAGAUAUACAGAUUAUAAUGAUAUAGUUUGUGACAAGUAUUCAGUUCGUUUACUUGAUUAAGCAAACUAGAAUCUUAUAAUCCCUAUAUCUUUGCAACCUGGUGAUUUACCCUAUGAAAUUUCAAAUUGCAACUAACUUACUAUCAGAAUCCAUAUAGUUUGUAAUAUCAAACAACAGAUUGCAAAGAUAUACAGAUUAUAAUGAUAUAGUUUGUGACAAGUAUUCAGUUCGUUUACUUGAUUAUACAAUUUAUAGCUAUAUAAACAAAUAUGCAACUUCUCCACUGCUUUAAAUACAUUAUAUAGACAGAUGUCACUGUUCUCUGCACCAUGUAGAUAAAAAAAAUUAUUAUAAAUUUUGAAUGAUGAAGGGUUAUAAAUUGUUUGAAUGCAUGAAACAAGUAUUGUAAAGAAAUGUUUAGAAUAGAAUGAAGUAUAAAAAUAUUUUCAACUUCUUAACUGUGUGUACUGGAAACUUUAUGGCAGCAGCAUCAUAUACAAUAGCUAAUCCUAUUUAUCCUUCGGAGGCUCUUGCACGAGGAGUCAUCGUGUCCAACACAGGAGUAGUACUAGAUUUCAAAGUGGGGCGCUAAGAAAGUGUAUGCUUUUGGAUCAAUGGUUGGAGGAGCAGGAAACAUUUUGUUCGGAUUACUUGACUACAUUCACGGGCCUGUAGAGUUCUUUUGGUUAUCUCUUUUAUUUCGGACAAUAAGCUCAUUUGGAGAGGCAGUUGUAUUAAAUUCAUCAUAUCCCAUAGGUACAAAGCAGUUUUCUGAGAACCACAGAGGAAAAGUUGUGGCUUUUCUGGAUUGCUGCUUUGGUUUUGGAACAGCUGCAGGGCCGUCAAUAGGAAGUUUGUUAUUCUAUGCAUCAAAAGGAUUUCUUGCACCCUUCUUAUCUAUUGGUAUAAUUAUGAUUCUUCUUGGUGGGCUUAUGCUUUCACAAGACUUAAAGAAUGAAGAACAGGAUACUCAAUCCAAUGAAAUUUUAAAGUGGACAGAUAUUCUCAACUGUCCUGGUAUAUCAGCAAAUAUUGUGGUUUUGGUUUUUGGUUCACCUGCAACAAAAUGGGUGGCUGCAUCCUCAGAACCACACUUCAUAGAAUUGUAUGGUAUGACCUCUGUUGAUGUUGGAUUGGCACUUACUGGAAAUGCCAUUGCUAUCGCACUAACACAUCCUAUAGUCGGAGUGCUCUUAGAUUAUGGAUUGUCAUCAAUAUUCCUAAUUUUUGUUGGAAAUGCACUUGUUGUUUUAGGCUUAAUAGGAAUAGGACCCUUCCCUGGGCUUCAAGCUCUUCAAACAAUCCCGAUGGCAGUUUUCUCACUUGUACUAAUUGGGAUGGGGAUAGCAACAAUCAUUCUUGCCACCUUUUCUAACAUGAUGGAAUGUGCCAAAAGAGCUGAAAUUCCUGACUCUGAGCAAGCAACUAGCAUGAUUACCAGUUUAUGGUUACUGGGUAACUAUGUUGGUGCAUUCUUAUCCUCGAUAGCUGGUGGACUUACAUUUGAUCUGAUUGGAUUCUCAUGGAGCUGUACUUUACUAGCAAGCAUUAUUACAGUUGCGGCUUGUGGAAGCUUGAUCAGCUCAAUCAUUAGCAGAAAAAAAUGGGCUUCUUAUCAACAGUUUUAACAUUAUUUGCACACUUUUUGCAGACCUUUAAUAAAAGCACCAUAAAAAGUAAUAAAUAAAAAUCAUAUACCUAU